GGGGUCAGGAGCUCGGCUGAGUCUGUUCGGGAGAGAGAGGGAGAGGGUGUAUGUGUGUGUGUGUGUGUGUGUGUGUGUGUGUGUGUGUGUGUGUGUGUGUGUGUGUGUAGUUACCGUUACCAUUUUAUUAUGUGUGUGUCUUAUAUUACAGCCAUGCUGAACAUCAGCGGCCAGAGAGAGAGGAGAAGGGAGGAAAAGCCUGUUUACACAGACUGCAAACCGCCUGGGGAAUAAUACAGUAAAGGAAGUGAGCCGGCUCUCUGUCUGACUGCUCCAACUUCCUGCUCUCUCUCGCACACACACAGCAGAAAAAAAGAGAGAGAGGGAGAGAGGGAGAGAGAGGGUGAAAGGAAAAAAGGGGGAAAAAUCAGGAUCUCAUUACAAGAGCAACAGACCGUUCGCAGACGCCUGUCAGCAUGGAAAAUCAGGGGAUUUUACCCAGUUCCUCUUAAAAUAUUACCCAGCAGAAGAAUUGGGGAAACUCGUCCGACAUCUGGGUAUGGAGAGUGCAAUCACACUGUGGCAGUUCCUGUUGCAGUUGCUGCUGGACCAGAAGCACGAGCACUUAAUCUGUUGGACAUCCAAUGAUGGUGAAUUCAAACUCCUCAAGGCAGAAGAGGUGGCCAAACUGUGGGGGCUACGCAAGAACAAGACAAACAUGAACUACGACAAGCUAAGUCGUGCCCUACGAUACUACUAUGAUAAGAACAUCAUCAAGAAGGUGAUUGGCCAGAAGUUCGUGUACAAGUUUGUCUCGUUCCCCGAAAUUCUCAAAAUGGACCCUCACUCCAUCGAGCUCAGUCGGGAGAGUCUUCUGCUACAAGACAGUGAUUGUAAAGUGCCUUCCGAGGUCCGUGACCAGCACAAACACAGCUUGUCGGCCCUCAAAAGUGCCAGCCGGAAUGAGUACAUCCAUUCGGGCCUCUACUCAUCUUUUACUAUUAAUUCCCUCCAGAACCAGCCAGAUACUUUUAAGCCCAUUAAAACGGAGAAGCUGGAGGAACCGCUGGAUGGGGGCGCCCCUCCAGUGGAUGAGGUCAGGACGGUCAUCAGGUUUGUGACCAAUAAGACAGAGAAGCAGAUCAUGAGACCGGUGGUGUCUCUGCCGUCCACCUCGGAGGCCGCCGCUGCUUCGGCCUUUUUGACCUCUUCGGUGUCUGCGAAAAUCUCCUCCUUAAUGUUGCCCAGCGCAGCCAGCAUUGCCUCCACUUCCCCGUCCUCCUCUCGGUCUCCUUCCCUGUCCCCGGACUCGCCGCUCCCUUCGGAACCCAGAAGUCUCUUCCUAGAGUCCAGCUGUCGGGAUUCAGACUCUUUGGAGCCCCUCAAUCUCUCCUCUGGCUCCAAGACAAAAUCACCGUCUCUCCCCCCAAAGGCUAAAAAACCCAAAGGUUUGGAAAUCUCUGCCCCGCCGCUGGUCCUGUCCAGUAACGACAUCGGCUCCAUUGCCCUCAACAGCCCAGCCCUUCCCUCAGGAUCUCUCACUCCAGCCUUCUUCACAGCACAGAGCCCCAGCGGACUGCUGCUGACGCCCAGCCCGCUGCUGUCCAGCAUCCACUUCUGGAGCAGCCUGAGCCCUGUGGCCCCUCUGAGCUCCGCCCAGCUGCCAGGACCCAAUACCCUGUUCCAGUUCCCAACUCUGCUCAAUGGACACAUACCAGUGCCCAUUCCCAGUCUGGACAGAGCCUCUUCCCCAGGACUGCUUUCUUCAAGUGCUCAGAAAUCCUGAUGCUCUCGGCAUUAAGAACUCAUUAACUGAUCUAAGACAUCUGCCACGAUGGCAAUGGGCUAGUUCUCCUGCGCCGCGACAAGGACAUUGUGAAACCCCGUUACUAUGGUUUGCACUUUCCAUUACCUGGAUAGUCUAGUUUGUUACCUUAGCAUUUUUAUCAACAGCUUUUUAUAUAUAUGUGUAAGUAUGUAUAAAAACCUGGUUUGCAUUAAAGCAUCUUUUCAUGUUUUUAUAUCCCCUUAGCUCUCAAGUGUUGAACACUGUUGACAGUGAAGACUUUUCUUAAUGGAUUUCAUUGUAUCUAAUAAGGAUGUGAACCCCCCCCCCCCCAUUCUGCGCCAUGCUUAUGUACACUAUAACCGGCUGUGCCUUCCUUUGCAUAAUGUUUAAUGUUAUGUAAAUGAUUUAUAUAUUUUCUAGUAUUAUGAGAAAAUGGUUGAGAGACAAAAAUUUGUAUCCAACGGCGCUAUGGUAGUGUUGCAUUAUUCCUCACAAGGAGGCAAUGUGAAGGCACAUUCAUAUAACUUUUUUACUUUGUGCUUUCCAAUUGUAUACAAAAUUGCCUUAUAAUUUUUGAACUGAAAGACAAUGGUAAGUCUACUGUCCAAAGUAGAGUUUUUUUAAAAAGAAUAAACCAAGCCAUAUCUAGACAAUGAAUAUUCACAGACUAAAAUGUUCUGAGGGCAUAUUUAAAGCAUCAUUUCAAAAGACAAACGUUCUAGCUGCUGCCAGGACCUUUCUGGAUUCUUUGCAAACAGAGACUGGAAGAUGCAAAAGCCACAGAAGGAGACCCUCCCUCCAUCCCCGGCCUGUGUUGGUUUGCUGCCAGUCAUUACCUGGUCCAUCGAAGAUGACUUCCCAACUUCCAUAAACAAUGACUCAUCUGACUAGAUUUGCUGUGUCCAUAUGUGUUCAGGGUUCCUCCAAACCAUUAUACCAUUAUAGGUAGAAUAUCCCAAACCUAGUGUUUUGAAAGGGGUUCUCAAUUUUGGAAAUUUGGACAGAAUGUUCUACUUGCUUGGAUCUUACAUUUAUGGUCACGGUGAAGGAAACCUGAUACAAGUUCAGAUUAAUUGUUUUCUGAAAGCACCGUGGUUGUUCAUGAAGCUCGAUCGAACUGUUUUCCAGUAAAUUGGAAUAAGCUGUAUAGUUGAUGUGCAUUUGCAACUUAGAACCGUGAUUAGGAAAAUGUGUCCUGAGGGAUGAAGCUAAGUGAAAGGCAACCUUCCUUCUAACUGUAUUUUCUGGUUUGUUUUUUUGAUGGCAUAUAGGCAUCCUAAUAGAGGAUAGAAGAAAGGCCCUGGGAUAAGUGUCUGGGACUGGUAAAUUCAAGAUUGGGUUAAUGACAACCCCUAAUUACUGGUCAUGAAAACAAUCUAGAGCAGUGGUUCUCCACCUUUCUAAUGCCGGGACCCCACAAUACAGUUCCUCAUGCUGCGGUGACCCCACACCAAAACAUGAUUUUGGUGGCUACUUCAAAGCUGUAAUGUUGCUACAGUUAUGAUCCGGAAUGUGAAUACCUGAUAUGCAUCAUGUACUCUCAUUGCUACAAAUUGAGAGGUUGAGAACCGCUGGGCUAGAACCAUUACUAUGUAGCUAAUUGUUCUGGACCAUCCAUUAAAGGCACUACGAUGGGACAUCACUAAAUAUUAGCCUAUAUGUAAAAUUCUUCUAAAUAUCCUUAGAUAUUUUUGAUUCCAAUUCUAAUUUUUCAAAUGCUCAGCGAUUCCAAAUUUUUGGAUCCUUUGGAAAGGAACAAAGAAACUUGAUUCUGUGAAUAGCAACUAUGUUAGGAGAAAAAAAAUCAAAUACACAGGCUACGACUUUUUAGUACAGUUAGCCUUGGUAGUUUAUACCCAUAUCUCAUUUCCUCCCCCCAAAAAGUAUAUAACUGACCAGAAACGGAAUAUAGCCCAAGGUAGGGGCCCGAGAUUCCACUUACUUCUUCCUUUAAACGUGGCAUCACAAAGGCCCAAGGAGAUGAGGUGACUUAUCCCAAAUCCCAAAGAUGUCACCGAGUCAAGAUCUGAUUCCCAACUUAUUACUUUUCCCAAUAUGCCAUUAUGUCAUUAACAGUGUUCCUCUGGUGGGAAAAAACGAGACGGCAGAAUCCUUCUGACUGCUCGAGCCCCACAGAAAAACGGGGAUCGAACAGUCUCUCAAAUCCCCCAACCAUGAUAAGCGAUCACUCCCACAACCAAGUUCCUCCAAUUCUGACCAAGGACGUGUCCGGUGCCCUCGCUCCUCCCCCGUCAAAGGCUGGCACGUACCAUGCAAGGGGAUGCGAAGCCCCCACCCCAACUGCCUCCGACAUCCAUCACGCAAACCUAUGGUGAGUGGCUGAAGAUGGAAAAAUACCAUCCCUGAUUGAGCUAAAUGGAUGCUAGCUGGAGGCAUCUGAAGGGGCCGCUGCCCCUUCUCUCUUCCACACGGACCUCCCCUCCUCCCCUCCCCCAGCCUGUUAGCUAGCUCUUCAGGUGACGAUAACCUCGAUGGUGGACUCCGUACAGACAUCUCACCAAAUGGGCAGAGCUGAAAAUCCUCAUUCACUUGCAUUUAUAUGUAUCAUUUUUACUGCUACAUUUUUUUGUUCAAUAAACAAUGUUUUUUUAAA